AUGCUGGCUUCUAAUCCCAAGAAUCCAGUAAUUGGAUCACAAAUUGCUACAACUACAGGGAGUUCUUCUGCAGCAAAUCCUUCUAUUUCACCAAAGAACGAACUCGGUGAUGAGUUACAUUCUGAUAAUAGAAAAGAAGGUGAUGAUGAAAUUUUGGCUGAAAAUAAAGAACCAGAUGGUAUUGCAGAAGGUGAUGAACAUAAAGAAAUCGUUGAUGAGUUACAUUCUGAUAAUAGAAAAGAAGGUGAUGAUGCACUUUUGGCUAAAAAUGAAGUACCUGAAGGUGUUGAAGGUGAUGCAGAAGGCGAUGCACAUCAAGAAAAAGUCAAUAGACUUGAAGAACUGGAUGAACCAGUAAAAGUCCCAGAAAUGGGCGAUGCCGCUAUAAAUAACAAAGGUAAGAAGUCUUUUUUUAAAUCAAUAUUUAAGAAGCUGAAAAACAAUGCUGCUGCUAAAGGCCAAAAUGAAAUUGAGGAAAGAGAAGAAGAUAACAAUAAUAGUUGGUUUAAUAAAUUUAAAAUUAAACUUAAAGAUCCCAGCACAUGGAUCGAACUCCUUUCAAUCAUCUUUCAAUCUUUAAUAAUUUUUUUGGAUCUACAGCCAUUAAAAAUUCUUGCUAUCAUAUUUUCAGGACUUAAAUUUGCAUAUAGUUGUUUAUUUAAACAUGAAGCUUCCUCUUAG